AUGAUGAGCAUGCAGCCGGAAUUGCAACCGCAACCGCAUGAGCUCUUCCAUGGUCUCUUCGUCGUUUCCGUCGUGUUUUACAUGAUGCAGACGAAUGGUACUACUGGCCAGAAUGCGCUUGUGGCGCGGGCGGGCGUGUCUGGACUGAUGAAUUGCAAAAUGGCGCUGCAUGCUGCGAGGGAUACUUGGGAUGCGAGUCCGUGGAUCACGCAGUUGUUUGACAAGGUGCUUUGCUUGGGGUUGCCUGCUGCUGCUUCGGCGGCGGGUGGUGGUAGUGAGGAACGAGGUGAUGGUGACGGUGUGAAUGCUAUGGAAGGUGGUGGUGGUGAUGGUAUUAUGGGCUUCAAUGACCUGAGUGCUUCUUUUGAUCUGGAUGGUUUGGGUAUGAUGGCUGGGUAUUAUGGGGUGACUUGGCCUAAUCAUCCUUUUCUUGGGCAGUUUGUUUGA